AUGUGGCGUAACACAAACACUUCAAAGCGGAAAGGCAAGCGGUUUCAAGCUGCAUUCUUUGGGUUGAUGAUACACGACAUUCCCCCGCCUCCACACGGUGCGCACGGAGAUGCCGAUCCCUUGCUCAAUCGCGUUAUAUGAGAUCAAGGAUCAUCCUCCACCUCGUGGUGCGCAUCACUCUCGUGUUGACUACUUCACUACCUAGUAAAACCUCUGUACAAUAUCCUCGUGUCUACUGUUUGGGAGGUCCCAUUCGUGUCCGGUCCUCGCAUUUACUUCUUUCAAUGUACUUUUUCCGCACCUGGCUCGAACACCAUAGUGUACCGAAUUCCGCUGAUUGACCCGACCUGAUUCUCCAUGAGUUCCUUUGCUCAAGACCAAGAUGUAUCGCCGUCUUGGGCCAAAAUAAACCGUGUCAGGACCCAGCAGGAGAUUGUCACCUCGGUUCUACUGGUUUUCAUGAUGACUUUGCUGGCGAAUCGCGCCUAUGUAAAGGUUUGCUUAGUGAGGCAAUGCCACUGGGACGAUGGCGCUCUAUUCAUGGCCGUGAUUGGCACGCUCAUACUAUACUCAACCACGCUCUGGAUCUCCGCCCGCGGAAACCUCGACAAAGGUCCUCCCGGCGAGAACAUUCUCGAAGCGCUUGAGGACGACGCUUUCGUCACACCAGCCUUCGUUUUGCUCACCGUGCUACCAGUCACAUACGGAUUUCUAAAGGCGACUUUCUUCAUCCUCUAUCUCCAGCUCUUCUAUCAGCUCCGAUGGAUGAGGAUCAGUGCCACUGUGGGGCUUUGUGUGAGCGUCGCGGCCUACACAGCCUUUACAGUGGCAACCCUGUAUCUCUCCAUCAUGCGUAACAUAGUCGUGUACGGGAUGGUGGCCAUUCCUAUUUCCGCCUUUGGUCUGGCUUCAGACAUCACCAUCCUCUUGUUGCCGAUCAUUGCCGUCGCGAACCUGAAUGUGGCCAGGAGGAAGAAAUUCGGGGCCAUGCUGAUCUUCCUGUCUGGUCUACUGGCAUGCAUCUGCUCAGCGGUGGCUUUGUACUUCCGAACGAGGAAGGGGACCGCGGAAAAUGUCAUAUACCUGCUUUUUGCGACUAACAUCGCCAUGUGA